CGCGACUUCAAGCGCCUCCAGGAGGACCCGCCCGCCGGAGUGAGCGGCGCGCCCACAGACAACAACAUCAUGAUCUGGAACGCCGUCAUCUUCGGCCCCCGGGACACGCCCUUCGAGGACGGGACCUUCAAACUGACCCUCGAGUUCACCGAAGAAUACCCAAACAAACCGCCGACCGUGCGGUUCGUGUCGAAGAUGUUUCACCCGAAUGUCUACGCGGACGGCUCCAUAUGUCUGGACAUACUCCAGAACCGCUGGUCGCCCACGUAUGACGUGUCGGCGAUCCUCACGUCCAUACAGUCCCUACUGGACGAGCCGAACCCGAACAGCCCGGCCAACAGCCUGGCCGCCCAGUUGUAUCAGGAGAACCGCCGCGAGUAUGAGAAGCGCGUGGCGGCGAUCGUCGAGCAGAGU